UCUCCCUCCUUCUUCGACUCGCUGGGGUUUUAGUUUUACCCUCUCUCUCUUUCUCUCUCUACCUCAAUCGAUCAGACAAUGGCGAGACUUCACUCCUCCCACGCGCCGCUCCACCUCUCUCUCUCCCCCAACAACCUCCGCUCCCGCUCCAAGCCUCCCUCCUCUUCCCUCCAUUCCCUCUCCUUCAGAACCCUCGGGCCGCCGCCGAAAUUCACCUCCGCCAGAGCCUCAUCCUCAUCCUCCGACCCCGGGCCCCCCCGGAGGCCCGAUCCCCCUCGCGCCCUCCAGACCGCCUGCGUCGCCUUCUCCGCCGCCGCCGCGCUCUUCCUCGCGCGCUUCCACCUCAACCUCAAGCCCGCCGUCGCCGUCGCCGCCCCGAUCGCCGCCCCGCCCGAGGUGGAAACCCGCGGCGAGGAGCCCGGCGGGGCCGGGGCCGGCGAAGAGGAGCGGGCCAUCGAGGAGCACUUGAGCCAGUACGGGGACGACGUGGAGGCGCUCCGGUCCCUGAUGGAGGCCAAGAUCAAGUCGAGGAAGCUCCAGGAAGCGAUCGGGAUCCUCGGUCGCCUGAUCGAGCUGGAGCCUGAGGAGCGCGAGUGGCCGCUGCUGAAGGCCAACAUCUACAGCUACAGCGGGGAGUUCGAGUCGGCGAAGAGCACGUUCGAGGAGAUACUGGACAAGGACCCGCUCCGCGUGGAGGCCUACCACGGCCUCGUGAUGGCGGCUUCCGAGGCGGGGGAUGAGUUGAAGGAGCUGCUGGAGAGGAUUAAGGUGGCAAUGCAGAGGUGCAAGAAGGAGAAGAAGAAGUCCGAAGUGAGGGACUUCAAGCUUCUGGUCGCUCAAGUUCGGGUCAUCGAAGGGAAGUACAAUGAGGCUUUGAGUGUGUACCAGGAGCUGGUGAAGGAGGAGCCUAGGGAUUUCAGACCCUAUUUGUGUCAGGGGAUACUCUACACUUUGUUGAAAAAGCAAGAUGAGGCGGAGAAGCAAUUCAAACAGUACAGGAGGCUUGUUCCAAAGAAUCACCCUUACGCUGAGUAUUUUGAUGAUAAUAUGUUCGCCACCAAGUUCUUUGCGCAAAAGGUGGAGAGGGAGAGAGCGGGCAUGAAGAGCUGAGGUGGAUUAGCUGAUCAUUUGCUGCUGUGAUCAGGUCUGCCUUACUCUUUAGAAAGGCUCGGGUCCUUUUCUUACCAAGUCUCUUGCGUUCCAUUCAUAUAUGGCAGAACACAUCAAUGUGGACCUGACUAUGAGUUAUGCUGUGGAUAGGAGCUUUCUUCUUGGUAGAUUUUAGGUCCUUGGUGUAGCAUUCCCCGAGCAGAGGAGAGGUUUUGGAAGAAAAUAUCAUUGCUUUUGUAGGUCUCAACUUAUCUAUUAUUGAUGAUUAUGGGCAUAACUGCCAGUCUUUUGAUUUAGUCAUGUUAAUAACUCCUGUGGCCUUUCUUUUUGUAUAACUUCUUUUGCUAGGUCAUAUCAAUACCUGAUCAAGGAGUACUUGGUUGCUUUAUGAUAA